CGCCCGGCCAGGCCCUGUGGUUGCUGCUGCCAAGACCCCUGGUGACCUGUGGCCGCCGUCCCUCUCGCUGCAUGACCUCCCAAGCUUCCAGUUGCGUGUUGAGGCUCACCUCCAGGACAAUUUGCAAAGGACGUCACCGAUUGCUCUUUGUCGCCAUCUUUUCCCGCCAAGUCCGUUGUGUCUUCUGA